UUUUUGCAAACAUAAGCACUCGGCUGCAACAACAGCUAUGACUCAGUUCCUAGCUAACGCUGCCUGAAUUGAUUUAGUCUGAGUUCAGAUUUAGCACAUAAUCAUGUUCAAUUUGCUCCACUGCACUGCCUAGAGAUAAAAGGCUUGGAGAAAAAAAAAUAGCUUCAGCUUGUGUCAGUCUUUGUGGUGAUGUCAUUGCCAUGAGCGAGCCGGGCCGUUCGUUACUCUGCUGUGCUGCCUCAGACGCCGAGGGCUGCGUGCAGUGGGAGCGGGCUCCAGGAGCCCGAGCCUCCAGCCGUCCCCAGAGGAAGGCAGCACCGGGGCCUGGCCACAGCAAUAUCCGUCUGGAGGCUAUUCCCUUCACUCCCAACUCUGAGGUUGCCUAACUCUUUAUUAAAAAUUCAGAAGGGGGAAUGCCAGCCCCUAGCAUGGACUGUGAUGUUUCCACUCUGGUUGCCUGUGUGGUGGAUGUCGAGGUCUUUACCAAUCAGGAGGUUAAGGAAAAAUUUGAGGGACUGUUCCGGACUUAUGACGACUGCGUGACGUUCCAGCUAUUUAAGAGUUUUAGACGUGUCCGUAUAAACUUCAGCAAUCCUAAAUCUGCAGCCCGAGCUAGGAUAGAGCUUCAUGAAACCCAAUUCAGAGGGAAAAAAUUAAAGCUCUACUUUGCACAGGUUCAGACUCCAGAGACAGAUGGAGACAAACUGCAUUUGGCUCCACCCCAGCCUGCCAAACAGUUUCUCAUCUCGCCCCCUUCCUCCCCACCUGUUGGCUGGCAGCCCAUCAACGAUGCCACACCAGUCCUCAACUACGACCUCCUCUAUGCUGUGGCCAAACUAGGACCAGGAGAGAAGUAUGAGCUCCAUGCAGGGACUGAGUCCACCCCAAGUGUCGUCGUCCACGUGUGCGACAGUGACAUAGAGGAAGAAGAGGACCCAAAGACUUCCCCAAAGCCAAAAAUCAUCCAAACUCGGCGUCCUGGCCUGCCACCCUCCGUGUCCAACUGAGCUGCCUGCUCCGCCUCGACGAUAAUAGCCGUCUCCUCUUUAUCAUGCUUUUUCCCCCUGUUGUUUGUCAAAAAAAAAAAAAAAAAUUGCCUUUAAAUUCCUGGGUGUUUGGUUGUUUGAGAUUCCUUCCUUGUUAUCAAGCCUCUCGGACAAAAGGGCUAGGAAAAGGUGAUAUGUCUCCUGAUCAUAUCAUACCCAUUAAGUAUAACCCAUUAUUUAGAAGGUUCUAGGGAAAAAAGUAGUAUUUUCUUAUUAAACAAUCAGCACAGCCUAUAUCUUUGUUCUCUCAUGUUGAUCCAAGCCAGAGACAUCAGUAACAAAUAGCACCUGUGUUGUUUGUGAGCUGUUUCAGUCCCAGUCCUGACGUGUGUGCAUUGUUCUUUCCUGGCCACUUAAAUAGGACCAUAUGUAAACUUGACUUUGACUGCAUGAGAUAUCCCUGUCUGGUCUCACUCAGUCCUCUGCAUCCCGACAUUCCCAGGACAUGCAUGAUCACCAGCAUUUAUUUUCAUGAUUUGAGGAUAUCCUAUAACUCACAGAUUGUCAGCAUCCAGCCAUGUCCUAUCUAGAUUAGGAAAAUGAUCAGCAUAUUCCAACUCAACAAGUCUGGGUAUAUUCACUAUUGUGAGUCAAUACACCAUAGCUCUGUUGAAAUUCCUGGAGGCAAAAUUGAGCUUGGCCCCAAAGAUAUUCCUCAAUAGAUUUCAAACACCACUCCCCUGUAGAACUUUCCCAGCCUCGUUGGGGAGGCUUGUCCAGGGUGAUAGAGACCGAUUUCAGACAAACCUAUUUAUUACAAAAGUUUCAUGGUGUCUGAAUGAUUGUUUUCUCUCUUUGUAUAUUUGUACAAAUGUUUCAGCUGUGCUUUUAAAAUCUGGAUGUUUUUUAUUUAGUGAUUGUUCAACCAUUAGCUGCUUCAAAACAUAAUGUGCAUUGCUUAUGAAUGCCUUCAUAUACUAAUACAGAUACUCUGAUAAUAUUACGCUCUAGUAAGGAUCAUGCUGAAUUUUGAAAGGACACAAAACAUCUAAUGCUAAUAUAUACAUGAUUAGCUAACAUCUUUGCUAUCAAGACCACUUGUUUUUAAAUAAAGAUGCAAGUGUCCGUUGUAGAUUAUUGGGAUGAAGCUAAAUCUCCAGAAUGCAGCAGCAGCUGAGCAUGUUAAAAUGGGGAAGGAUGAUAGAUACAUGUAUGCCGGUCCUACUCACGCAAUGCCCGUGUGCUCAAAAAAGUUAUUUGUUUUUGUUACGUGUGAUUUUUCUAUUUCUCUAGCCCAAAGUGCAUUACAGAAGAUACACCUAUAGAACCAUUACCUUCUGCUAUAUGUGCCAGGCCUCAUCUACUCCUGUACAUUAAUGAAUUACUUUAGAUGCAAAUGCAGAUUACAAUGGAGUGGGGGAAGUACUUUCAUUACCCAAGCCUCAGAAAAACAAGAACAACAACACAGCAAACAGAUUGAGGGAUUGUUGUGGUUUUUGACUAAGGUGUAUGUUAGUUUCAUCAGAAACUUAAAACAUAGACUGAUCACUCAGAAAUUAAAGUCCGUUUUACUGUGAAUAUAGCAAUAUAGUACUGGACACAGUACAGGUGAAACUGAGGAGAGCAUUGCUUGUAAAAUCCUGAGUUUCCAUAAGGAAAAUGAAAACUCCUUUUAAAAAUAAAAUCUGAGGAGUGUACAGUAAGCAUAUGCUUUGACUUUCCUUUGCUGUGGAGGUUUUUGGUUUUUCAUUGAUGAUUAAUGACUACAGACUUAGUAGUGGAGAAAUGGUGUCCUCUAGUGGAAGAAAUAGUAGACUCAGCUAUUCAGAUGCGGAGCACUGCAGCAGCCAGCCUUUCGAAGCUGACUCUUCUCAGUCAUCUGUGGGGUCAUUUGACUUUUUAAGCUACCCUGAAUUUCCAGAAUGCAGGUUCUAAAGAAAUCUAGGUGAGAGAAAAUGUUUGAAAAUGAUUUUUAAAUGUUUUUUUAAAAGACAUAUCCGACAUUUUUAACCACUUAGUAAAAGUUGAAAUGACCAUUCUGUGUAGUCAUAAAAGAAACACAAUGAAGUAUAUGGCCUCUGGAGUUAGUCUUAGCAAAACUUACUGCUCUGUGUCAGUGUUAACCUGUCGCAGAUCAAGUAAUUCUUUCACUGGGUUGGGUUUGGGGCGGGGGAAAAGAGGGGCUUUUCCUAGGAGAACGGUAUGAAAUGGAAAGACUCUUUGAAGUGUUGCAAGGGAACCUCCUAGCACUGUGAAAGCUAGAAUCGCCUCAGCAUUUCCAUGACACACAUUAUGCAAACCUCUUUAGCACUAUUUUAAGUUUGAAAAGUUUAACAAUGAAGGGGGAGGGGAAGAUUUUAACCAACUGAAUCAUUUGUGCACGUGUAUAGCUCAAAGAGCUUAGACUUCAAAUAUAUCUGGUGAAUGACUCUUUG